AGCCGCCGCCGCUCACUUACUCCUUGGACGGGAACGAGACACGGUUUGCGAGACACGCGCGAGUAUCGAAUAUCCCAGUAUACACCGGUUUCCCUAGAUUCGCGAUCGAAAUUCGUGCUUCGACGGGCGCGCGAAGGGUCCUCGUCAAGUGAUACAUAAUAAUAUACACACAGUGUACAAAAGAGAGUGCUGCCCGGGGCGAGAAACAUGGCCGACAGUGGUAUCAAGCGCAACAUUCCCAUCAAACUCGGUGACUUCAGCGUGAUCGACACCGAGUUCUCCAACAUACGCGAGCGUUUCGACGCCGAGAUGAGGAAGAUGGAGGACGAGAUGUCGCGGUUCCGCAGCGAGCUGAUGAACCGCGAGAGCAACAACUUCUUCAAGAGCACCACCAGUCGGCAUCACACGAGCAGCAGCGAGCACCGCACGUCGACGACCUCGAAGACCGAUGGUUGGGACAAGGUCGACUCAGCAGCACCGCCGAAGCGGUCCGCGUUCGACAGCUUCAAAAGCACCACCACGCAACAGAGCACUCAGAACAGUUCUCUGAGUCCUCAGCACGACCAUGCCUGGCUGGAUGGCCUCAACAGUCCUCUUAUCCAGGACGAGGGUGACAGCAAGAUGCUGAAGCUGCGGUUUGACGUUUCGCAAUACACGCCCGAGGAAAUCGUCGUCAAGACUGUGGACAACAAGCUAUUGGUUCACGCUAAGCACGAGGAGAAAACGGAGAGCAAAUCAGUGUACAGGGAGUACAAUCGGGAAUUCCUGUUGCCGAAGGGAACCAAUCCCGAGAGCAUCAAGUCUUCCCUGAGCAAGGACGGCGUCCUUACCGUGGAGGCGCCCUUGCCAGCGAUUGGCUCGGGCGAGAAGUUGAUCCCGAUCGCACACCAGUAAACCCAGUGACGAAGUUGCGGAGGGUCGAUUUCUAAUUUUCUGCCACGAAUUCCUCCUGUUCCAACCAUCCUACGACUUACCCCAAAUUGGAUCUUUCCUUCGUAAGUCCUUACAUCCUUCUACUAUUACCUUAUAGUAACUCAAAGAAGUUGAUCCAUUCGCGCGACAAAGUUUGACCAAUUUAAACUGAAUAGCAGAAAAAGCGACCCCACGCCAAGUGCGCCUGGUGCGUUUUGACUUUCAUGAAAGAUUUAAAAAAAAAAAAAAGAAAUCAAACGUAGAGCAAUGCUGAAGGGCUAUAAAUGUGAAAAGUCAGAUAAAGUUUGAUAAAAUA